UAUCAGAGUACUAGUCAACUGGAGCCGCUUAUGUUGUGCAGCAACCAGCGACCGUUUCUGGCGACAGGAGGGGAGAGAAGUGUUUGUUUUCAUAGUAAACCGGUGAAGGAAAGCCGCUGCUCGUUCGUCUUAGGACACACGGUCGUUUUUGCCUGCUCGGUGGAGGAUUAAGUGUGUUUUCAUGUUGUGCAGUUUACAGUGUUUGCGUGAAGACUUCCAACUGGCGAAUCGCAUCAGUUCGCCCGGAGGGUCAUCGUCAGCGACGACACCCUCUGCUCCGCUAGCGUCAACUGUUUAGAAAAUGACCGGAGAGAAGAUCCGCUCCCUGCGCAAGGAUCACAGGCCGAGCAAGGACGAGGAUUUACUGGAGCCGGACGAGGAGGCAGCAACCGGGACGUUCACCGCCUCCAAGGCGAACAGCAAGAGCAGAGCGAGUAAAAUCUUCAGCAACCACAAGUUAAUCAAGUCUUCAUCUACACAGCAGCAGCAGCAGCAGAACCAACAGUCACAGAUUAAUGCCAACACCACCACACUGUCAACAUCGGAUGUCAUCGAUGACAACAACAAAAACCCCAUCAUCCGAACCGGGCAGGACUUUCCGGUGCACGAAUGUGUGUUUAAAGGGGAUGUCCGACGCCUGUCUUCACUCAUACGGACGCAGAAUAUCGCCCAGAAAGACGUCCAUGGAAACACACCGCUGCAUCUCGCCGUCAUGAUGGGGCACAAAGAGUGUGCACACCUGCUGCUGGCCCACAAUGCACCAGUGAAGGUGAAGAACGCUCAGGGAUGGAGCCCCCUUGCCGAGGCCAUCAGCUACGGAGAUCGACAAAUGAUCACGGCGCUGCUGAGAAAGCUGAAGCAACAGUCCAGGGAGACUGUGGAGGACAAGAGGCCCAAGCUGCUGAAAGCCCUGAAAGAACUUGGAGACUUUUACUUGGAGCUUCACUGGGACUUCCAAAGUUGGGUGCCUUUGCUCUCCAGAAUCCUGCCUUCAGACGCCUGUAAGAUCUACAAGCAGGGCCUCAACAUCAGAUUGGACACUACUCUGAUAGACUUCACAGACAUGAAGUGUCAGCGUGGGGACCUCAGUUUCAUCUUCAACGGAAAUGCCAUCCCCUCUGAGUCUUUUGUUGUGCUUGACAAUGAACAGAAAGUCUACCAGCGGAUACACCACGAGGAGUCCGAGAUGGAGACAGAGGAGGAAGUGGACAUCCUGAUGAGCAGCGACGUGUACUCUGCCACACUCUCCACCAAGUCCAUCACCUUCUCAAGGGCGCAGACCGGCUGGCUGUUCAGAGAGGACAAGACGGAGCGCGUGGGAAACUUUCUGGCAGAUUUCUACUCUGUGAACGGCCUGGUGCUGGAGUCCAGGAAGAGACGAGAGCACCUGAGCGAGGAGGACAUCUUGAGGAACAAAGCCAUCAUGGAGAGCCUGAGCAAAGGAGGAAAUCUGAUAGAGCAGAACUUUGAGCCGGCGAGGAGGCAAUCUCUAACUCCUCCUUCACCCAACACUAUAUCCUGGGAAGAAUACAUCACUGCUGACAAUGGAAAAGCUCCUCAUCUAGGUCGAGAGCUGGUCUGCAAAGAGAGCAAGAAAAACUUCAAAGCCACGAUAGCCAUGAGUCAAGACUUCCCUCUGGGCAUCGAAUCGUUGCUUAAUGUUCUGGAGGUGAUUGCACCCUUCAAGCACUUUAAUAAACUCAGGGAGUUUGUUCAGAUGAAGCUCCCCCCUGGCUUUCCUGUCAAGCUCGACAUCCCUGUCUUUCCCACGAUCACAGCCACCGUGACGUUUCAGGAGUUCCGCUACGACGCGUUCGAUCAGACCAUUUUUACCAUUCCCAACGACUAUAAAGAAGACCCCAGCCGCUUCCCCGACCUUUAACCUCUCAAGCUGGAGCAGGAAACAAACAUGCAACAAGGCGACAUUAUGCUACAAACCAGACUUUUUGAAUUACAACAGGAAACACAGAGGGAAAAAACAUCGUUUCUCGCCACUUUAUGGAUUUCCAUCUCCCAUCCCGACCCUGAACACAAACAGCAACAAGACGACCUGAGUUUGAUACAGGACUUUAAAAUCGGAUGGAGGCCCGCUGUGGCAGAGAGGUCGACAUCUGCUCAUGUUAGAGAGGUGUUUUUAAGCUCAGUGUUGAAGGUUUUUACUCACACCUUCAGAUUUGGUUUAAUCCAGCAGCCGAGGCAGGAAGUGCAACUAGCGUGGACCUGAGAGGCCGAACGUCUCGUCAGCAAGAGGGCAUUGGGGUUUAAAGGAGUGACAGCAGAGCAGGUGAGUUUUCUGUAUACGGGGUAUGAGUAGAAGACAGAAAGACAGUUCAGUUGAUGCUUUGUAUUUAAGUAUGUACGUAAUGUUUUUAAAGGGAAUGUGUUGAACUGACCUGUAGUAAAGCACUGAUAUUACUGUGUGAGUUGCUCUGGAGGAAUUCCACCAAAAAUGACUUUUUAGGCUUUUUUUCCUGCGUCAGUAGACUUUAAGAAAUUUGUUAUAUAGAUGUCAAGGAGGCAUUAAAUUGUAUAUAAUAAAAUGCACACUUAAAAGAAUGAUAUUAUAAUGAAAUCACUACUUUUUGCACUCAAUUCUUUAACAAUUUCAAAUUUAGAAAUGUUUCCAGAGAUUUCACAACACUGAAAAUCAGUUUUGGAAAAUGUUAAAGUCAAGUG